CGCGAUUUCCUGCCCACCACUACUUCGGGCGUUAUGAAACACCUUUGGUUAUCUAAACAGACUUUGCUUUAUGUGUUUAACUGUUUACAACACAGAAGUGUGUUGUGACUUGUGAGUAUUAGGAGGAAACUUUUUAUUCUAUGUUCCUUGGGAGGAAAGGAAUGUGAUGAGUGGAGUGAGGUUAUGCCGUGUGUUGCGGCAGAAACAGUGAUGACUGCUACUGACAUAGUAAUUGUAAAUGACAACGAAUCUUAAUCACAGUAUUUGUUCAGGAUGCCAUCGAAAUACCCAAUGAACAUAAAGACAAAUUCUAUUUUAGAUGACCCAAGUACCUGCAGAUUAGCGGCGUUUUAUGCGAGCUGCACAUCUGUGUAUUUUGUUAUUUUAGUAAGUGCAUUGUUCUUAACGAACUACGUUUAUUCCAUAGGAAAACUAACUUUUUAUCCUGUAAUAGGUUUAAUUGCGGUCCUUGAAUGCACGAAAUACGUCAUUGGCAUUUUCCAUGUUUCAAAAAAAGAUGUCUUUUCUGGUAGAUACGAAGACAAGUACUUUACUGGUCAGCGUAAAAAGCCAGUCACAAAAACAAGUCUGAAAGAAGUGUUCAACUGUAUUGUAAUUGUUACUGUUAUGCUUACAGUAUACUUUGCCAUAGCAAUCUUAUUUGGUGCUGAAUUGUUCAAUAAACAUGAAGAGACUUUUAUGUUUAGCUCAUUGCUAACGGUGUUGACAAUAUUUCCAUCUUGUCUGCACCUAGAGUCACAAGCAGCCGUGAAUUUAUUGUUUGGUGUUCAUCCAGCAGGUGACGCUGUUGGACAGCUUUUGCUAAGAAACUUACAGUUCACACUGCUUGGAGCUUGGCUUGGGGCAUUUGUUAUUCCAUUAGAUUGGGACCGGCCUUGGCAAGAGUGGCCAAUUCCUUGUUGUGUUGGAGCCUUACUAGGUUAUAUUACUGGCAAUAUCCUUAUGGUAUGUAGCCUGUUUCCAAAUAUUGCCAAGAAACUGCCUAAAUCAAACCGAAAGCUUCGUUAAGCUUUUUCAACAAAGUGUUGCACCAUAAUUAUGAAUGUAGCAAACCCUGUCUGAUGACUCUUGGUUUAUUUUCUAUAUAUGAUAUAUCAAUUACAAUAUGCAUAGUCUAUUCAAAAGUAUUUUUGCAGUUAUGUACAUAACUUAUGCGUGUUGUAACAUAUUUAUGUUAGUAUCAGAAAGAUGUGUUUGCAUCAAAUAAAAUACAUUGAAACCAGAAAGAG